AUGUUAACAAUAAGUGUAGGGCUUGUAUUUUUUGCUGCAUCUCUGCUGUUUGUAGAGUUUCUGAAACUGCAAUGGAAGCGAAGACAACUUCCUCCUGGACCAACUCCAUACCCCCUCUUUGGAAAUCUGCUGCAGAUGAAGUUCCGAAUUCAUCAUGACAUCCUUAAAAAAAUGAGCAAACUUCAUGGUAAUAUCUUCACCUUAUGGCUUGCAAACACGCCUGUGGUUGUCCUGCAAGGGUACCAGGCAGUGAAGGAGGGUAUGACUGCGCAUGCUGAAGAGGUUGCUGGAAGGCCACAAAACUUAGCCUUCGAAAUGUUGACUCAUGGAAGGGGUGUUAUGUUCUCUAACGGUCAUCUUUGGAAGCAACAGAGGCGUUUUGGACUUGUAACAAUGAGGAAAAUGGGAGUAGGGAAAAAAGACCAGGAUUGUCAAAUACAAGAGGAAGCCUGUCGCCUGGUGGAAUACUUGCGGGAAACAAAUGGAAAACCUCUGGACCCCACGAUGCCCAUUGUUCAUGCUGUCUCAAAUGUGAUUUGUGCUCUGAUUUUGGGACAUCGCUUCUCUAUAGAAGAUGAAAAUUUUCGCCGCUUGAUUGAAGCUGUUGAUGAUAUAUCAGCAUUUAUGAACAGCAGCUGUUUUUAUGUACAUGAUCAGAUUCCCUGGUUUGCAGACCGUUUUCUAACACCAUGUAAGAAGACUUUUUCCAGUGUAAAUUUUAUGAGAACUCUGUUAGCAGAGGAAAUUGAAAGCUACAAAGAAAAAGGAAAAGCAGAUGAAAGUCAAAAUUUUAUUGGUUAUUAUUUGGAUCAGAUAGCUAAAACUGAAAGAGAUGCUGAUGCUACAUAUGACAAGGAAAACUUGAUUCAGGCUAUUUUUGACCUCUUUCUGGCUGGUACAGAAACUACAGCUACCACUUUACGUUGGGCAUUGCUUUAUAUGGUGGUUUAUCCUGAUGUUCAAGAGAAAGUCCAGAAGGAGCUGGAUGCUGUUCUGGGUCGUUCCAAUUUAGCUUGCUACAUGGACAGAAAAAGGUUGCCCUAUACAAAUGCUGUAAUUCAUGAGAUCCAGCGAUACAGUAAUAUCAUCUUAAUUGCACUUCCCAGACAGACUGUGAAGGACACAGAACUGCUGGGAUAUCCUAUUCCAAAGAACACCAUAGUUCUAGUAAAUAUUGAUUCUGUUCUGUCUGAUCCUGAAAAAUGGGAAACACCUAAUCAGUUCAACCCAGGCCACUUUCUGGAUAAAGAUGGAAACUUUGUACACAGAGAAGCAUUCUUACCAUUCUCAAUAGGGAGCCGUGUAUGUAUGGGGGAGCUUUUGGCAAGGCUGGAGCUCUUUAUUGUCUUUUCCACUCUGUUGAGGGCAUUCAGGUUCACCCUGCCCGAUGGAGUGAAAGAAGUCAACACAAAGUUUGUUUUUGGAAGUACAAUGAAGCCACCUCCAUACCAGCUCUGUGCUAUUCCUCGGUAG